AUGUGUAACACAGAUAGGGCAUCUAGAGGAAAUCCAGGUAUUAGUUCCUAUACUUUCUGUAUAAGGGAUGAAUUAGGAGAUUUGGUAUAUGCAAAGGCAGAAGGAAUUGGUGAAGCUACAAAUACACAAGCUGAAAUGAUUGCCAUAAAGGAAGCUCUAAGAUACUGUAGAGAUAGGGAUUUCAACAAGAUCAGGCAUCAAGCAACAACAUCAACAAGGCAAAUCACAGAUCUUGGAAAAGCAGGAACAAGUUCAUUAGCUCGAAGGAGGAACAAGUUCAUUAGCUCGAAGGAAGUAGAUCGAGUGACUGUCAGGUUCAUGAGCAACGAUUCAGCAGCAUCUCAACUCAUAAGGUGA